AGCCGGGACUCUAAAGCGCGCCCCGCCGCCGAGGGGGCCCCAGUGAGAGGCGCGCAGCGGAGCGCGGGGCCAGCCGACCCGACCGGGCCAUGGCCACCACUGCCCAGUACCUGCCGCGCGGCAGCCCGCUGCUGGCAGUACCCACGCCGGACGCCGAGCGCCUCCACCAGGGCGCCACGUACCGCGAGGUGCAGAAGAUGAUGCACCACGAGUACCUGCAGGGCCUGGCCGCCACGCCGGGGCACCCCAUCGGCAGCCUGCCGCACCACCAGUGGCUGCCGGGCGCCACGGGCGACUGGGGAGGCGGCGGCGGCGGCGGCUCGCACUUGGAGCACGUUAAAGGCGGCGGUGGCCCGCGGGGGGACCUCGACGGCGGCUUCCACUCGCGCUCGCACCUGGUGCAUCAGCAGGCGACGGGCGGCGGCGGCGGGGGCCACUGGGCGCAAGGCGGGCAGGCGCACCACCUGGGCGGCUGCCCCUCGGCCAUGUCCCCGACGGGCGGCGGGCACCAGCCGCUGCUCUACUCGCAGGCCGCCUACCCGGGCCUGAACGGGAUGCUGUGCCCGCAGGCGCCCACCUUGCACCUGCCGCACGGCCACGCGCCCCACGGCCACGACGAGGCGGCCGAGGCGCACCUGGACGGCUCCCCGCCGCACCUGGGCCACCCGGGCCACGAGCCGCCGUCGGACGAGGACGCGCCCAGCUCGGACGACCUGGAGCAGUUCGCCAAGCAGUUCAAGCAGCGGCGCAUCAAGCUGGGCUUCACGCAGGCCGACGUGGGCCUGGCGCUGGGCACCCUGUACGGCAACGUCUUCUCGCAGACCACCAUCUGCCGCUUCGAGGCGCUGCAGCUGAGCUUCAAGAACAUGUGCAAGCUGAAGCCCCUGCUCAACAAGUGGCUGGAGGAGACCGACUCGAGCACGGGCAGCCCGGCCAACCUGGACAAGAUCGCCGCGCAGGGCCGCAAGCGCAAGAAGCGCACCUCCAUCGAGGUGGGCGUCAAGGGCGCCCUGGAGAGCCACUUCCUCAAGUGCCCCAAGCCCUCGGCCCACGAGAUCACCUCGCUGGCGGACACUCUGCAGCUGGAGAAGGAGGUGGUGCGCGUCUGGUUCUGCAACCGACGGCAGAAGGAGAAGCGCAUGACGCCCGCCGGCGGCCCCCACCCGCCGGCCAUGGAGGACGUUUACGCACAGCCCGACGCCUCGCCGCAGCUGCACCACACGCUCCAGAGCCCGGUGCAAUGACUGAGCCGCGGGGGCUGCGGGGCCAGCCCCGACGGACUGGACGGGACCGGACUGGACUGGCUGCGCGGCACGCUCACCUCCGCUUGGGCCGGAGGGGGCGUGGACUGACCGGGAGAGCCGCGGGCGCCGACCCCCCUGCUGCGCCUCCUGGCCCGCCGGACCGAGGCGCAAGGGCGGCGGAGAGGGGCGCCUUAAUUUAUUCCUCCAGCUUGCGGGCCACCGACUCUCUUUCUAAUUUAAGUCUCUGUAUUUAUUUUUGAACUUCCAAAAAAGACACAAAAAACAACCAACCACAACAACCAAACUUGCUCCGACUGAGCAAAGCCGCCCGGCGGCGGGUGAGGAGCGCUUGACCAAAGGUCCCCUCGCGUUGCUUGGAGCUCACGUCCCACAACAAGGAAGGGAGGCAAGGUAUGGGGAGGGGGCUGGUCACCCGUCGCUCCCGGCUGGGCGUAUUGGGGGGUCCGGGACUUGGGGAGGCGGCGUCGGUUUUCCCAAAGGAGCCCAACCGACGGGGCGCCCCGGGGGUUUCCGAAGGGCCCUCGGGCGCCGAUCCCAGGAAGCCGUCCAGGGACUCUGAUUUAAGGCCAUUCCUACUUCCUGGGGUCCGGCCCGUGAUACAUACACGCGCAGGCAACCUCCCCCAACCCCCGGGGGGGAGGGGCUGGACAGAGUGGGCCCUUGGGAGGCCAGCUCGGCCCGCCAGCCUAUUUCUUUGGCCGGCGGGCCGAGCCCGGCUGGGCAGUCUUCUUCGGGGCCUGUGGGUUGGGGGUCGGUCCCGCUACUCCGCCUUCCCGUCUGUAUCCAGCUCCGUUUUUAUUUAUGUUACAGCCAAUAUUUUAUUACUCGCAUAAAACAUUUAUCCAGGAAGGAA